AUGGGGGACAAUGAGGGCAGUCAAAAAACUUCCGUCUCACCCACAGCAGCCAACACCUCUCAAACAGGACAGGAAUCGUUCCAACGAAAACGCCUCAGACCAAUAAAACCGCGCAUCAGACCAUCAUCAACUCCUGCUCAAUCGCUCACUCAACAGAAUAUGCCUCUGAUAACCCAACCGCCAGCAGCCAUGCAAACCAAACAGCUGAGAGCGGUAAAUCAGUCUUCCGAAAACACAGAAACUCUUCAUUUGGUAGCCGGUCCGAAAGCCACGCCGAUUCUCACAUCGACGGCUAUGCAACAGUCCAAGACUGCAGCGCAUACAAGAAACAGAAAGCGGCUCAUUAGGUUCCCGAAAAGGUGUGCAUUGCCUUCGCCCGACAUCAGCCCAGACGGUGGGUCCCUGUUGACGGAACUGCUCCGGACAAUUGAGUCAUCCUUCUGUGUCACCUUUAGGGAUCACUUGGUGUAUCCAGCAUUUAAACGGUCUCAAGAACAAAUCCACGCGGCAAAUGAAGCCACUCUCCAGCAUCUUUUCGGGGUAGUCAAGUGGGAGGCAAGUGAUAGUAAAUGCAUUCAAAGCCCCAAUACAAAUACCCUGCAACUUGUCCCACUGGAUGGUAGGCCACACACAGCUCAAGCGUUUGAGGUGCGCCACAAGUCGUUUCAGGCUUUCCAGACCUGUUUUGACAGGAUCAUGCAGGAUGCCGUUAAAUUUGCUAAGCGUAUUCCCGGUUUCUCCGACCUUCUCCCCGAAGAUCGAAUGGUUCUUGUGCAGUCAGGCUGUUUUGAAUUGGCAUGCGUCAUCUUCAGCUUUUAUGUCGACGAAGAAAGCCAGACAUUUUGCGGUCCGGGGAACUUCACUCUGUCCCAGAGCCAGAUGUGGCUUACAUUUCCGAUGAGUAAAAAGUUCGUCAACUUGCUCUUUGACUUCGCUUUUCAAGUUCAAUCCUAUCGGUUAGAGCCGCUAAAACUUGGCCUACUGCUAGCUGUCCUCCUCGUAACACCAGAUCGUGAAGGUCUCACCAAUCACGAAGAGGUCACGUGGCUUCGGGACCUCAUUUGCCAGGCCUUUCGCUUUCAGUUGAUGGUCACUAAUUCGAACGGUGUGAGCCUCUUCAACCACUUGGUCUCAAGCACCAAAGAAGAACUGCAUCGCCUCGCAAGCGAACACAGACGUCAAUUGAUCAACAUGAGAGCAGCCGGAUUCACAUUUCAAAACGACCUGUACAGUGAAACAUUUAAUCUUGUCUAG